AUGGCUUUUCGAGGUAUCAACGAGGUUAAAACGGGAUUCAUCGGUAUCUUCAACCCGCUACGACCCCGCAUGGGCAAGGGUACCCUCUCUAUCAUCGUGUGUGCUAUCUGGUUGUUUUCUAUCGUCAUCGCAAUCCCCACCCCACUCUUCACACACACAACGAAGGGAUUUGAUGUCUGCACCAGUGAAAUUAUGACGGUCUGUGCUGAGUAUUGGUACAACCAUGAAGCCGGUAAGGCCUACAUAGUCACCAUAGCUGUGUUUGAAUUUGUGGUUCCCGCUGUAGUGAUGGGGUUCGUAUACAUCCGGAUUGCGGCCCAGCUAUGGUUCCAUCGGCACCCGCCCGGCCAUGAAACACCACGUCACCGGGAGAUCACCCUGGUCCGAAAGCAGAAGAUCAUACCCAUGCUCAUCACCGUGGUAGUUGCCUUCAUAGUGUGCUGGGCACCAUACUACGCUUUUAACCUAGCCUGGCACUUCCAUCCGACUAGCCUGGAUGACUUUGAGUUUCAAUACUCGUUAUUCUUCAUCGUUGAGGGCAUUGCGAUGAUGAAUGCCGUCAUCAGCACCAUCAUUUACUUUGUCAUGUCUCCGGUGUUUCGAGAGGAGUUCUGGGCUCUUGUCUAUACCUGCUGCCCGUCGAGACGCGGCGCCCACCGGCACGGACGGAGGGACGGUUUCGCAAAGAGCGGAAGCCACCAGGCUUCUCGUACCGGAAGUGGGUUCUCUCAGAUGACCCGCAACGGGCAUUACCACGCGGUGCCUAAGACGACCGAUACGGCAGAGGCUCGACUGUAAAAGCGCACUAUGCUUCAAUUGUGUGAGCUAUUAAACCAUAUAUAUUUAUUAAGGAACCUCAUCAUAUUUACUCCGAUGAGAGAAAGUUUGUUGAAUUUUCACUCUGUGUUUAAUGAUUAACCGGUGCUUAAUCACCCAGAUUGGACCACGGAGCCCAAACAACAUGAUGUCUAUGUCUAAUAAUGAAGACGAAUUAAAAACACGUUUUUCACUAUUCUCCUUCCCGUUGUGCUAGAUGAUUACCGAUGAUUAAUUUCCCCACACACACAAUACUCAACUGAUGAUCAGCUGUUAUAUAAGAUUUGGGGCUUGGCAUGGUGAGGUAUCAAUAUUAUUUGGUUUGCGGUAACACCAUGAGUGUAUCUACGUGCCAGGGAGAGUCUGUUCUUCAGAGAACUGCAUUGCUUUAUAUUCCACUACCGCGGAGUAGAGUUUCGGAGUUCGGGAGACUUCUCAGUUCUGAAAAGACAACGGUUUCAUCUAUUCGUACAGUUGCUGAAGAUGCUUAGGCUCCAUUUCGUCAAAUAUUGACGUCACUUUUUGCGAUAGGAAUGUUUUGUUUUAAACGUUGAGCUGUGAUUAUUGGUAAAUCAAAUGAAAUGUUGUUCACACAAGCAGUGCCCAACUUCUAAGAACAGAAACCGUAAAUGUUAGUGCUCCGAACGUACUACACGUAAACCGUGACGUCGAAUUACCAAAACAGUACUAACGUGAGUUUUUACGCUUUUGGUGUGCAGAAAACGUAACUUGAAUAUUAGCAAAUCACACCUCACCAGCGACCAACGUCGAGGACUCCGUAAAUGCAAGUACUCCAAAAGGACAACGCGUAAAAAGUGACGUAGAGUUACUGUCGUUUUAUUCAUGAUUGCCAUCGCCGUUUUUCUAAUUACCGGAAAGGACCAACGUGAGUUGUGACGGCUUUGUGUGUAGACCAAUAACAAUUUACUCAAAUAUUUGCAAACACUCAGUUAUCUGAAGAAAGUAAAACAUUGCCACCACGUCGUACCUUUAAGUGUUUUAUCGUCGCUCGAACCCUCCUGUCAAAAGGUUUCAUUUGAUCAUUCGCCAGGGGCUUCGUAAGGCGACCCUACGGCAGCUGGAAACGCAUCGAACAUCCAUGCAUUUGGGGGACGGGGUUGGUGUAAAUCCCUAUCAUGACUUUCAAUGACCAAUGGUGCAAAACAGGUGCAAUGAUUAUAUUCUCUAAAAUAUUUCUACAAAAAUUUCUGACUAUACUUUUCCCUCCGUUUUGAGGCAUUGAAAGAAGGAGACAAUACGUUUCUUUGGAUAGAGUCAUAUUACUGUUAUUUGUUAAGGCAUAGUAUUGACGUUUAUGAAUUAUAUUGAAAGUACAAGUGAUACCCGGUUUAGCUUUCAAAUUUAGGUAUUAAGUUGAUAACGGUAUGACAUUAAGUCACCUCAUCCUUGAAAAAAGUCUAUGUAGUGGUGUGACUUAAAUUUGACACAAUACAAGGCCCAAUUUCCUAAAGCUGCUUAAGUAGAAAUUAUUGCUUAGCAACAUUUUGUUUUCUGUCGAAAAGACGAC